AAGCGAGCCGCCACCUCCCUUGGGCCAACCAAAGCGGCAAGCGCACGUGGCCUGAGACAUCUUUAAAGACGUCACCGCGCAUCCGUCAGUCAUCACGGACUCACUCACUCACUCCCUCUCUAUUUGACAUACGUCAAACAUCGCGUCGACGACCACAGUCGUAAUUACUACGAAGCAUCAUCCCUCCUCUGAACUUCCAAGAUGUCCUGGUUCAGCUCGAAGUCUGAGAAGAACUCUGCAGAGUCAUCCGGAAAGCAAAACUUUUUCCCAGUCACUGCGUCUCAUCACGGAUUCGGAGCCCUCACCGAGCAAGAUACGACGUGGUCAUGCGCGAACAAUCGAGGAUUUCAAACUGAGACUCAAGUAUGGUAUUCUGUCUUGGGAGAUGGGUCUCUUCUCCUCGUUCAAGUGAUCUGGACCUACCUAGGAGUAUUCGUCGUCCCUGCCACAGCGCAAAUGACAUUCAAGUACUAUAAUCCACACACUAAACAGGCAACUUGGAAAAGUAUCAACGCCUCGGGAUUCAAGCCUCACGGAAGAGGAUGCAAGUCGGAUCAAUUUGAGAUCAAACACACGGGUACACCUGAAGGCGAAGAGAGUUACGAAGUCACUGCUUCUCUCGAUAAGAAUGUCCAGAUCUCAGUCUCUUUCAACCGCCCUGCCAGUGCUCCUGGAUUCAAACUUGGUUCUGGACCUACGGGCGGAAUCUCCACGUUUGGCACGCAUGUCGAGGAUGGAAAACGAGACGGUUUUGUUGUCCACCGAUUCCACCCCAUGUGCCAAAGCACUGGAUCCAUCGUGAUUGAUGGUGAAGCCAUUGACACAAAGGGAGAAGCGACGUUCAUCCAUGCCAUUCAAGGCAUGCGACCUGACACUCUCGCAACUCGAUGGAACUUUGCAUUCUUCAGCAGUGGCGGAGGCAAGGAAGAGAGCAAACUUGGCAGCGUUCGGGCCGUGCAGAUGGAGUUCGAGACCACCGACUCGUACGGUCUGAACGGUGCAAAGUCCGGUAGGGUCAAGGUCAACGUCGGCGCCAUCUACGCCUCGGCUCUCAAUCCUCAAGCAUACCUUGUCGUGGGACAAGCAUCUUCGGGUCCGGCUUCAGAGUCUACCCCUGAGAGCUCCGAGAUCUGCAGCGCUCAACACUUUGGAGGCCUCAAAGAUAGCCACACGGGAUACUCAGCACCUACUGCUAUCGAAUACAAAUGGUCCGGAGCCAGUCGAGCCGAGAAGAGCACCCAGACAUCCGCUCAGCUCAAAGUUGAGAAUCUCACCAUUACAGAAGGUGAAGGUGGCUUGAUUGAAAAGGUCAAUGUGCUUGCCGAAAUACCAUAUGUCAUUAGAAAGGCCUUGUCAGCCGCCACCGGGACGAAGCCAUACAUCUACCAGUAUCUCAACCCUGCCACACUCAAGGUGGACAUUGCUGGCGAGUCGACCGAUGUCCAAGGAUGGUUAUUCAAUGAAGCGAGCUUUGUCUCUCAAUAGGCCCGUGCAUCAUGUUCGUCACUCUCAGCUUGCUCCUGCUCUCUUGUUCGGAUCACACAGUGCUUGUAGUCGAUACAUGUAUUCUUUAUCAUUAAUGAUGAGAAGCAUUGCUUCCGGGAAAAAUGCAAUUUGAGUGCCACACG